AAUCUAAAGUCUUACCCAUGAAGCUGACCACGCCCUUUCAAACACGCCUCCUGACAUUUUGUGAAGCUCUGUCAAGCAAUGAAAGCUCACUCUUCCCACUAGACUGGUCAUCAUGCGUGUGCAGAGAGUGAAGGUUUUGGUGAGUUUUGUGAUACUAGGACUAUUAGUAGCUGUUCUCUUUCUUCAUCGGACCCCAAGUGCUUCAACUGUGAUACACAGUCAAAAAAGACUAAACUCCACUAUAGAGAAGCUUCUUGAACAUAAUGAACAGUUGAAGAACAGUGACAACAGUAUUCCCUACCACCUCAAAGAAACUACAGCACGCAGAAAUGGAUGUGUUUGUGAAGGAGACACAAGGAGUUUUAAUGUGCCCUUCAGUGACCUGUUGUUUCCUCGGGUGGGUGCUGCGGCUUUGCACACUGCAUUCAGAGAAACAGAGCUGGAAGAAAUAAAGAAGCGCAGACACCAUGAGUACAACAGCUUUCUGAGGAGAUCAAAUACAGCAGCAAAUCUUCUUAUCAUUGCUGAGGCAAAUAUUCCUCUUCAGUACCCCAUCCAGGGUUUGCAGGUCCGGCCUAAAAAGUCUACUUUAAUUCCUGGGCUGGGUCUGAAACUUAAGUCAAGGAAGGUUUAUUCAGUGAAUUUUGUUGCUAGUAUGGGUACAUUUGAUGUAGCAGCCUUGGUGGAAAAUGUCCACAUAAACGGGGAAGGAACAAUGCACAUGAACCUCUCCAGCCCACUUCUAUCUGCACUUAACAGACAGCUGCAGUUCGUCACUUACACAAAUAUAAUUUUUCAUCCCAGUACUGCAGACAUAGUGCAAUUUAGAACUCAUGGAUUCCAAGCAUCCUUCACCAUUAAAAUCCAACAUGAAUUUACUCCUAAACUCUAUGAUCCUGGACCUACUGGACCUAAAGGAGAAUACAACAUAGACACGCUUGUUACCAUUGCUACAAAAACAUUUCUGCGUUAUGACAAGCUUCAGGAUUUGAUUGACAGCAUUCGACAGUUCUAUCCAACGGUCACAAUAGUUAUAGCUGACGACAGCGAGCAUCCUAAGCCUGUAACUGGCCCUUACAUAGAGCACUACAUCAUGCCUUACAGAAAGGGUUGGUUUGCUGGGCGUAAUCUCGCUGUCUCUCAGGUGACCACUAAGUACGUGCUGUGGGUGGAUGAUGACUUCAUCUUCACCUCUAACACAAAGUUGGAGAAAAUGGUAGAUGUUUUAGAGAGCACCAGUUUAGACCUGGUAGGAGGGGCAGUCAGGGAGGUGACGGGAUACACUGCCACCUACCGCCAUACUAUCUCAACAGAAAAAGGUGAAGAAGAUGGAGAUUGUUUACACAUUAGAAAGGGCUUCUAUCAUGUUCUCGAGGGCUUCCCUAAUUGUGUAGUAACAGAUGCCGUCAUUAACUUCUUCAUGGCACGUACCGACAAGGUGCGGCAAGUGGGCUUUGACCCUCGCCUGGCACGGAUCGCACACAUAGAGUUUUUUGUUGAUGGCCUUGGUGUUCUCCAUGUGGGUUCCUGUGAUGAUGUUAUAAUCAACCAUGCAUCAAAGAUCAAAGAGAUGUUGCCAUUCGGACAAUCAGAAACUGAUAAGGAAUAUUCUAAGUUCCGUUAUGCUAACACCUGGAGCAAUCAAACUGCUCUUUUUUACUUCAAGAACCACUUCAAAUGCAUGACAAGUAACGAUUAAAAGUGAUCUAUGAAUAUUAAUACAUUAUUUUUUUUAGGAAUGUGCCUCUUUAGACUCCCUUAAGAAGUCUAAAGAGGUUAUAAAGUAAGACAUUAUGCAAAUUUACAGACCUGUCAAUGAACCAUACAAAAAAGACCAAACAUGACUUCUAAACUUCUAAACCAUUUGGCAUGUAUGUAAAGGAAAGCCAGACUGCAGAUUUUGUGUAAGUGUAAGAAUUAAAAGACCUUGAGGUAAACCUUAUCCAAUUUUUUUUUUUUCCCUGAUUUCCUCCUUAAUUUAUUCAUGGCCGAUUCCCACCCAUCAAGCAUCUCUCCCCUAUCACACAACAGCUACCAUUCUGCUCUCUUGGGCUCCUGGCCACGGAUGGCUGUGGCAUCAUUAGGAUUUGAGCUAGCCCUAGCCAUCUCUGGAUGUGCCCCUUUUCUGUUGUGCCAUUCGGAUGCACUACAUCCUCCUGUAUAUUAAAAUGACUAUUUUAUUUUAUUUUAUUUUAUAUUAUUAAUACCUCUUGCUCCACUCAUUUAAAAAUUACAAGUAUAAAAUUUGCAAAUUUCCUCUUGAGUUCUGUUUUAGUUCUAUAUUAUGUUCAUAUUAUUUCAUGACUAAAUCAUAGUAUGCUAUAGGCGUGUAACACCAUGACACUAUCUGUAUCUGCUUUGUGCUCCAAAUAUUCAUAUCUGUAUUGGGAUUUAGAUUUCAACCCCAAGUGGGCAUGGUCUAAAACGGAAAGGAAACACCAGAAAGUUCAUACAUGAAUUGGAAAAUACCUGUAACGAGAUUAUGUUUAUUUAUUUAUUAAUUACUUAACCACAUAUUUAAAUUUAAUUAAUUUAAUUAAUAGAUAAUUUAAUUUAUCUAUCACAGUUUACCGCUUGUGCCUAUUUAUUCAAUUCAAUUCAGUUUUAUUUGUAUAGCGCUUUUAACAGUGGACAUUGCCACAAAGCAGCUUUACAGAAAUAAAUCGAUUCAAAUUAAAUUAAACCAAAAUAAAUUGUAACUAUGUGAAUUUAUCCCUAAUGAGCAAGCCAGCGGCGAUGGUGGCAAGGAAAAACUCCCUAAGACGAUAUGAGGAAGAAACCUUUAGAGGAACCAGACUCAAAAGGGAACCCAUCCUCAUCUGGGUGCUAACAGAUAGUGUAGUUAUAAAUAAAUCCCUUCUAUGUCUGUGCAAUUGUGCAACCAGUAAAUUCAUCACAGUUUUCACAAGAAGUUUGGUUUGUUAAACCUGUCCAUUUUGGAGUCCUGUGUACAAAGCUGCUUGUGGCAACCGCAGCCCCAAAGUCAUCACAGCAAUCACAGUCCCAAGCCAUCACAGUACACUAUUUAUAGCAUGAUGGCUGUCUUUAAGAAACACCUAUUAUGCAUGGUUAACUGUUAAUAAUGGAUGAUGGUGGGAUGUUGGGUAACUUGCAGGAAGUUGCAUAACAGUUCCCCCAAACAUGUUACUGUGUCUCACUCUUUAAUUUAAUGUAAAGUUAAAAGUACACUCUUAGGAAAAAGGUUAUUCAAGGGAUCAUUUGUAAAUACAGUGGUUAUAUAUAGAACCGUGAAAAUUUCAGAGAACCAUCUGACUGCUUAAAUGGUUCUUAGCAUGUAAGAUAAAAUGGUUCUUAAUUUUUGCAGUGCAAAUUAAGCAACACUUGCCUCCACAAGGUCAUCUUUGGCUAUCAUAUUUUCUCACUACAUAAAAUGAGUCAUUAUACUUUAAAAGAAAGACAGUUAAACUUUGGCCAGGUAUGUCUACAAUGUAAAAUAUUGUUAUGUCAAAUAUUUAGUGAGAUAAGUAAUUGAACUCAGCAAGUUUAAGUAACUAAACGCUCUGUUGUAUACGUUAUGAUACUCUCAGAAAAAAGUUAUAUUGCUGUUUGUUUGUUUGUUUGUUUGUUUUUUGCAUUAAAGAUGACUUAAAAAUAAAGGUCUUCUAAGUAUUUUGGGGGCAUGUUGCCAAAUGGCAACACCAUACAAGAAUGGAAAUUGACAGUGGACCUGUUGACCAUAUAAAUGUUAACACUAAUGAAGCAGAGGUACACACGGAGUCAUAGAAUAACUGGAGUUUGGGAGAAGGACCACAUCUGAAUCUUCUAUGUGUGUGUGUUUUUUUAACAAUUUCUAUUUUGAUUUGGAAGUAUGUCUAGCUCAUCAACUCACUGAGAGCUCUAAACCUCAUGGCAGAUGCAACCAGGUUUUGGGUUGAAAUAACCUGGUACUUAGCAGAAUUCAUAAUGCUAUCAAUCUUCAUAAGAACCUCUGAGCCAACGGUAUAAAUCCACAACUUUAAUCUUUAGGCCAUUUUUCCCUUCUUCAUCAUCCUCCUCUGUGUAUGGAGGAACAUUGUGGUCCUAUUCUUGGCAUUUUCCCUCUUUUUCCAGAUGUGCAACUUUUUUUUGUGCUGUAAAUGUGCUUUGUUUAACUGUAACUACUAAACAUAACUGCUUAUGUGUUUUUUAUACUUAUUACCUGAUUUGUGCAGGAGAAUAACCAUCUCUUUUUUGCCUUGAAAUUUCCUUCGUUUUUCCAGUGGUAAUGGAUGACAAAAGAAAUAUCCCAUGGAAACCUGCUGUAUUUUUGUGCAACCUCAUAUUUAUACCCAAGGGACACAGGACAUGGUUAAAGGCAACAAAAAGGUUUUGGGAGUCUUCUGUUAUAUAUGGCUCACAUAUGAAGUGUGCCAAUAUUUAUGGAGGGCAUUGUAUACAACCUGUUGCACAAAUACUAAAAAAACUUUCACACAAGCUCCUUUCAUUCUUCAUAAAUACCACUUCAGAAAAUAUUGCAUUCUGUCAUUAUUUUCAGUACUGUUGCUCACACAUGUUUAGAGGCAUUUCAUCCAUUUACAUUAAAUACACAACACUGAUUACUGAAAGGCAUUGUGACCUGGAGACAGGAAGCUUAGGCUUAGGGAUCAGAGCACAUUUUAAAUACAAUUCCAUAUAAAAUGUUAAAGAUUAUGCAUGAUGUGGCUUGCCAUCUGAGAAUUGUGUAUUUUAUAAUUCCCAACUGAGCCUGAACCAUCCUUGCAUCCAGGCAUUUGAGAUUUAGGUGUGGCUGAGCGGCUGCAGUUUUAUAUCACAAAGUAAUUAUGAUCUACAUGCCAUCCUGCCAAUUAGUAAAAUACUCUGGUAGCUAUUUAAAGUAAAACCUGGGUAGUUCAUUGUCUGGAGAGUUCUUUGAAAUGAGCCCUGGAUAAAUAUGGGCAUCAAACAUCAAAAACGAAAAUCAUUCAUUUUGUGGCUCUGUAUUCAUUUUAAUCAGGUCAAGGUGCUGGUUAGUGAUUAGGUAGUGAAUAGUAGGUCAGUGAUGAUAGUAAUGAGACAGCAGAGGGCAGUGUAUCGUUUCAGUGUGUGAAGUGCAGCAUGUGCACUCCCACUGACAAUAACUGUGCAAAAACACAAGAGGCAUGCUGCAUUUUGCUUUGAUCAUGGGUAAGAUCCACUUAGAUAGCUACAAGAAAAAAUAAAUAAAUAUGAGGCAACAAACUGUGGGAUAAAAUUGUGGCAUUGCCUCUUAAGUCUACCAGAAAAUUGACAUUUAAUAACUACACACAGUAAUUAUAGUAAAAAAAAAAAAAAAAAACCUUUUACAAAGCUAAGAAUCCUACAUCCAAAGAAUAAAUGUAAGGAUAUAUGUAAAACACAUCAAGGACGUUGUUAUAGGAAAAUAAUCAAUGACAGAGUGGUGUGAUGCAGCCACAGGAAUCUGCCAACACUAACCUUUUUUUUUAUCAUAAUAAAAUAUUGUAUAUUUGAUCCAUUUAUAGUUGCAUGUAAAAUUAUUGAACAUCCAUGAGACAAGGUAGUUCCAGUUGGUUUAAACCUGUUCAUGUGGAGUGCCUACCCUACAAGUUCCUGUGUAAGCUAUCACUAUAGAAACAAUAACGUAUAAGAAUGAGUGCAUUAAUAUAAACCUGCGAUUUGUCUUGCAGACAUCACUAGUGUCACAGCAACAAAUUCAGAGAAUUCUGUGGUAAAAAUCUAAAUGAAAUAGCAC